CUUAAGGAGGCUGCGCUGACGGGUUCCCUGGCAGCCUACCGAAAGACGCAUGGUCAUGCCUUCGAUAUGUAAUGAAGUACGCGCACCUGCUGCAGCACUCCACACAGGAUGCCGUCGAGGAGCACGUCAAGCAGGGAAGCAGCUACGAAGUACCUCCAAUACUGAAGGACUACCUGUAUAUUGCAACACUGGCUUGCACUGCCCGGGACCGCGGGCAGCUCGAAGGAGCGCUGACACAGAUAAUGGAGGAUGAUACGCAGUGGCGCGGAUUCUUGGAGCUCAAGACGAGCGCGAUUCUUCAGGCUCCUUUGUUUAAUUUUGCUUACGGAGUGCUGUGGUCCCUCAAGUUUCGCUUUUCGAUGCUUCCUGUUCAUCGCCCUGGGAUGCGGCGGAUCCCGGUGGAUUACGAUGAGAAAGACCUUCUAUUACGCAGCUGCUAUAGCAUAUUUUACAUAAUGUCUGGCGUGCAGUACACUGAUCCCGGGAACACACUCCUACUCGAAGGGUGGCAACAUCUCGUACCUGUCAAAAUAUCCAUCCCACAGAGUGUCAAUGCCGAACUCAUCAACAGCUGCCCAAUCAUGGCUGCCGACCGGGGCCUGAUGCAGAUGUCACAGUCAGUUGUGGACUACUGCCUUGCCGUCGUGAUGCCAAAGCGACCGCUGACAAGCAAGACGUCGCCGCGGCGGCGCGCGUCCUUGUCUGCAUUGCAUGACAUGCGAGCCAAGCCGCGUUCUCCUCUCAAGCCACCAUGUCAUUGCGAGCGUCGUUUAUUCUUAUGAGCAAGUAAAGCAUUAGUAGUUGUGCCGAUGUUCAGUCGUCCUGCAUGACUUGAGCUUGAAGACUUUGACAUUGGCUUGGUUCUCCUCUUCGAUCCAU